CCCCAUGUCCUUGUCCUUGGGGACUAGGGGUGGGCAGAGUAGACUCCUGCUUUGGGAGUGUCAGGGGCAUUGCUGUAGUAGGGAGUGGCCUAUCUCUGAAGCAGCUUUUGGGUUUCCUCCUGCACAGGAAGGGGGAGAUGGGACCUUUGGGUAGGAAGGGGGACUGAUGGGUGGCCCCAGCAGGGCAGUGGGUACCUUAACCACAAAGGGACACAGGUGGUCUUAGAGCAGAUGUUACAGUUGCAUAAGGGGUUUGGAGCCUGGUCAUGGCCUCCCAGUACAUUAGGGCUUGUUAAACCCCAGGGUUUCUUAGAAUCAUCUGGAGACUGAGGGGAUGGGAUAGAUUAUAUCUCAUGCCCCUCCUCCAGCUGGGUGCAAGAGCAGCUCCAGAAACUGGAGCUCUACCACCAUGCAGAGAGCAUCACGGCUGACAAGGGAGCUCUCGCUCCUGGCUACAGAGCCACCUCCAGGCAUCACUUGCUGGCAGAAUGGACAGCUCGACAACCUGCGGGCACGUACGUACCUUGGGAACUCCCAAAGGCAAGAAAUUAUAGGAGGUGUGGAUACACCAUAUGAGAAAGGAAUAUUCAACCUGGAAAUCAUAGUUCCUGAAAGGUACCCGUUUGAGCCACCAAAGAUUCGCUUCCUGACCCCCAUCUACCAUCCCAACAUUGACUCUGCUGGAAGGAUUUGCCUGGAUGUUCUAAAGUUACCCCCAAAGGGUGCAUGGAGGCCUUCCCUGAACAUCUCCACUCUGCUGACUUCCAUCCAGCUGCUGAUGGCAGAGCCUAACCCUGAUGACCCUCUCAUGGCCGAUAUUUCCUCGGAGUACAAGUACAACAAGCAGCUGUUCCUGCUCAACGCCAGGGAGUGGACCAAGAAAUACGCAGGGCAGUUGAAGGAGGUGGCCAGUGCCAAGAACCAGCUCACGGCUGGUGAGGAAGAGCCCAAAGGAUUCCUAGAGAUCUGGGAGGAUGGAUGUGGAAGAGUGGAAUGUGAUGUGCAGCGUGAAGAGUGUGAGAGGAUGGGGAACCUCCCAGCUGCUCACCGUGACCAUGAAGGUGUUCCAGGCUGUGGAGAAGAUCUCAGCACUCUCGUCCCCACCGUAGUUCCUCUGCAACUCAGACAGGAAGUGCUCAGGCUGGACCUGUGAAAUUGGUGCCAGAGCUGGGACUGUUCCUCUCUCACUCUGCUCAGCACCAGCUCCUUUUGAGGGGAAUUGGGCACCCAGUGGAUCCUCCCCAUCUGCUUUGUGGUUUGUGUUGUGGCACUGAUGACAGAGGUGAGGGGUUGUCCCUACACCAGCCCCAGUUGCCUGGUGAACUGAGCCAUCACCAUGGUGUGACAGAGGGGAUGGUGCCAGUACCUGUUUCCAGUGCACCAGGAAGAGAAUGGCCCCAACAAGCUGCAUGAGGAAGACAAGGCUGACGAGGAUGAAGAACUGGAAGGCAGCAGGUGAAGGAGUCAGAGACUAGCCUGAUCCCACAGGCAGUUUGCUCACAUUAUCCCUGCCCUCCUCUGCACCAGCCCUGCCUGUGCUCUGUGUCUCUGAGACCAGGAAUGAACAGCUCCUGGGGACAGAUGCCACAUCUCUGACCACUGUGGCUGCAAGGCAGGGGUUAAAAAACAAGCACUGUCUGCUAGCGACUGGGGAUGCUGAAGAAAUGGGGGUCUUGGUGCUCAAAUAGGCAUUUCUGCCCCUCACCAGCAGUGGAGUCAUCUUGGAAAUGCCAUCUGGGACAAGCCAGUGGCUUCAGAGAGAAUUGACCCUACUUGGUGGCUUUAAAAAUCCUCUGGGCUCUAAAUUGAAACUCACAAGAUGGGGAGUGGAUGGCAGGACAUGCUGAGGAUGAGGAAUACCAGCUCCUCUAGGAAUACCUGCAUUCCCCACCCCCCUCCAGCUCUUGACUCCUGCCCCCAGUGCCUCCUGUCCACACCCUGCAGCCCCUUCCCACUCAUCUUUCCUCCCUCACCAGAAGUAGGAGAGGGCGACUCCGGCGCAGGGCCCCGCAGCAGCCCAGGAAGCCCAGCAGGGACAGGGCAAUGCCCACGGCCAGCAGCAGCCAUGCACCUGCGCUCAGCACAGCCCUGGCAGCCACGAUGUCCUGGAAACCGGCUGGGUCCACGGCCACCCAGACUCCCAUGCCUGCCAGGCAUGUCCCCCCAGCCUGCAGGGGAGUGCAGGAGAUGAUCAUGUGCUAUGGGGAUGUCCAAGGCUUGGGCCCCUUCCUGGGGAUGGGUUCACCCACCCCGAGCCAGACACAAAUGUCACCCCUUGGGGGAUGCUUCAACCUUUGGUUCCCUCCCUGGGACUGGUGUCACCCACCCCUGAGCCAGCUGGAGUUGUCGCUCCCCAGGCACAGGUUCCCUCCACCCCUGCACCCCACGGGGCCCAGAAGGACUCACAAACACCAGCACGUUGAAGACGAACAUCAGAUACUUCAUGCAGGUCAAAACACCCAUGGGGACACUGGGAGGGGGGACACAGCAGUGUUUGUCCCUGUGGAGGGGAGAGCAGAGCCCUGGCCACAGCCAGCCCUGUCUUGUCCUGGACCCCAUGGAUGCAGACUCCCAAAAUUCCCAGAUCAUUUUCUAUCCCGACCAUCUCGCAUGACACCUCAAAAAGCCCCAAACCUGUGUCCUCUCCAAAUCCAUGUCCGCUCCCAACCACAUGUCCCCUUCAUAUCCCAUGUCCCCAGUCCUGUGUCCUGUCCAAACCCCGUGUCCCCUCCAAAUCCCGCGUCCCCUCCAAAUCUUGUGUCCCCCUCAAAUCUUACAUCCCCUACAAACCCAUGUCCUCUCUAAAUCUUGUGUUCCCUUUAGCCCCCACACCACUUACCCUGCGGGGUGGUGGGUGACCCAGGUACCUCCAACCUUCCCUGGUGCUGCCAGCGCCUAUAUAACAUCACAGAGGUUGGAAAAUCCCUCCCCCCUUCCUACUCCAGCAGCCCCCAAGAAAUCCCUUCCAGCGGCGGGGCCAUGAAUGAUUGAUGGGGAACAGGAUCCACCACUGUGCUGCUGGCGGCUGGGAGUCUCCAGCUCUUGUCAGCCAAGGAAAUUAAUCCUGUGGGUAGGGAAAGAUGAGCCGCCCCACCAGGCCGGGAGUGACCUCGGCCAUUGAUUAUUGCUGUGGCCGGUUGGGGAAGCCCUCACUGGCCACGCAGGAGACACAUGGGCAGGCAAGUGGUGCUGCAGGGGCUAUUGGCUUUUGGGUACAGAGGGGCAUCCUAGAUGGACGACAGGGUCUGUCAUCUCUUGUUAACCACUUUAGGAGCUCUCUGAACACAGAGUCACGUUAGAAAGGAAACAUUAUUUAUUCUGCACCAAGUAUAAAGAGGACGUUUCCAAAACCAAGCACACCGAGAGGUAAAAGGUUAAAUACAGUAAAAUUUACAUGAACCAGCCAAUCUAAAGCAUAUUCUUUGCCUGCCUAAUGCAUUUUUCUUUUGGUGAUGUGACUUUGCUCAGUGCUUGAAACCCAAAGUUCUUUUCUUCAUUAAAGCAUCUUCUGUUGGACAAGCUGAA